AUGACAGAGGUAUCUGAACUGUAUGCAGCUGAGUUCACACAACCUCUGAGCUCAGAACAACUCAAUCUUAUUAAUGAACUAUGCAAGAAAAGACUACAACGAAUGCCUCUACAGUAUGUACUUGGUGAAUGGGAUUUCAGAGAUUUGACGUUGAAGCUACGACCUCCGGUUUUCAUACCUAGACCCGAAACAGAGGAAUUGGUUGAAAUGAUUUUACAGUAUCACCGACCGAGGAUUAACCUCCAUUUUUUAGAAGUCGGCUGCGGAAGUGGAGCGAUAUCGCUAUCACUUCUCCAUGAAAUACCUCAGGCGAUUGGUAUCGCUAUUGAUCAAAGCCAUGCUGCAGUCAAAUUAACAGAGCAUAAUGCUACAAGACUGAAUUUACACGAUAGACUAACAGUUCAUAACAUUGAAGUAGUCGACUCCUUCAAAAUACCUAACGAUAUUGCUGGACCUUACGAUGCUAUCAUCAGUAACCCACCUUAUAUAUUCCAUGACGACAUGAAAGACCUUGCUCCCGAAAUAUCCAGAUAUGAAGACACCAAAGCACUCCAUGGUGGUCAUGAUGGUUUAGAGGUAACAAAGAAUAUACUAAAGAUGGCAAGAUACUUAUUAAAGCACGAAGGGUCAAUAUGGUUUGAAUGUGACCCAAGACACCCAACAAUGAUCAAAUCAUGGCUUGAUAAUCAUCCAGAGACUGACGUUAAGUUUGUUGAUGUUGGUUAUGAUUUCUCAGAUAGAGCCAGAUUUUGUCACUUAAAGUAUAUUCCCACCAAAGUGAAGACAUAGACGAGGCAUGCAUUCAUUCAACAGUUUAGAUAUUUUAGAUUUUUCAAUAUUAAAUAACUGUGCCAAACAUAAUUUGAAUCACAGAUUUAUCAUCAGUGUUCAUAUACAAACACAGAUUCAGUACUAGACUUAACAAUGUAUCUAAACCACGGCUUCGCCUAAUGUACUACUAGAAAGGAUAGAACAUUAAUUAUUCACCGCAUUCAUUAUAUUUGUAUACAAUUGUAUUCAUAGACUCCUUAAAUUAGCAAAGAUACAGAUUUGCUGAAGUACCGGUACAACAUGUUUUACAUUAUGUGAUAUUGUGGUGUACAACUGAUGCAAUAAAAUGUUACUAUUACUAU